AUGGCCGUCGAGGACCCCGAAACACCUGUGGGCAGCGGCGGGGCGACGCUCAAUGCUUUGCUAGUGGCCACCGAAUACUUGAGCGCGCGGGCCGGCCACACUGUCGUUACGGCGGACGUUCUGCAACGCGUGCACGUCCUGAUCGUUCACAUUGGCACGCCGCGUUUAGCAGACGUAUGCGGCAAAGCUUUUCUUCCUCUGGCAGCCGAAUCCGAUGUGGGAGCCAAUCUCUUGACGAACGUUGAUCUGCUGCUCAAGCAAAUGACGCAUAUUCGCCAAAGUGAGAGCGCCGAUCCUGGCGUGUGGGUGUGCAGUACGGACAUGCUCUUGACCUUUGACCUGGCAGCACCUCUUGCGUGGCCGUGUGCAGUAUGUUGCCAAUGCUUCCAUGGCGUCUAUCAACUGGACCAAGAUGGCAACGUGCUGGACCUGAUAUAUCGUGGCACCGAGUCUGAACGUGCGCACUGCGCACAAGAUCAUGGCUAUCCCCUGGUGGUUGGGCUGAUAUACUUUGCUCAAGCUGUGGCAGAGACGCUAUUGGCCCUGCAUGUUAUGCCACCACUCGAUGCCUGCACCUACCUGGGGCUUGAUAAUGGGGCCAGUCCAUUCCGCCUCUCCUUGUUUUUAGACUUGGUGCGCGCCGCUUUGCCUGCGGCCAAAGGGGAUAGGUUUCUUGAUUGUGCGUCACCCCUCUCUCCUCACGCCCAUGCCACCAUCGCUGGUGUUGCUCAAGCUGUUCGGGUGCCUGCCCUGCCAGUCAUGCCCGUCCCAGGCUUUACCCCCAAGCCGCAUGUGCAUUAUGUAGGCCUUACGGCAACGUCGAUCGAACGAUCGGCCAAUCGGUUUGGGGACGCGUGGGUGCCAAGGCGCGCAAGCCUUCGUCAGCACCUUACACACGGACGUUGUGUGAUUAAUAGCGUGAUGGAGGAGAGCACGUCUUUGGGCGAACAAUGCACCGUGCUGCACACGCAAACCUCAUGCCGAGUACGUGCAAUCUAUCGAGCCUUUGACGCUCCGGCUCUAGGUGCUAUCCGGCGCCCCCACUUGCUGAGGUUGAAUCCCACCCUCUUUUUAUUUUUGCCUUCAUUUGCAGAUGUAGCAGUCAUUGGCCUGACCCUGGCCCCGGACAAAUUGGGCUGUGCGCCCAACAGCACCUACUUGGGCCAGCCAUGGACAGCAUUCCUGGCACGCACGGGCUUGCAUGCUAAUGAUCUGUGGAGGAAAGGCGAGCGCCCGUGCUUGCAGACGGCACGACUAUUCCCCAUUGCAACUUCGGAAGCCUGGCGGUUGAGUAGCUGGCUACAGGCUGUUUUUAGUGCAGAUGAUUGCGUCGAUCAGAUCGAGGCUUGGCGCUUUCGUCAUCGCAUCAGCCUGCAGGAGGCUCUGCAUUGUGUUGACUUAUCGCAGCAGCUGCGUUCCCGACACGACCUGUACGAUAAGAUCGCCACGCACAACCUCGAGCACGCGCUGUGCGCCCCAGAGCGCCAGGAUUAUAGCGCAAUGGUGAGCUUGCAGACCGCACAUCGCCAGCCACGUGCCUUGAUUGGUUGUCUUCACACGGUGGCCAUGCAGACGGGCUCGCCAGGUGUUGCGGCGCAUGCUUUAGCAUGUGUGGCCAGCAUGCUUGGGGCCAUGUGUCAUGGGCGUGGUGGCCUGCGCUCUGGUCCCGGGCGGAAUGCCCGGUUUGCAGCUGCUUACGAGUGCCUGGACCGUUUGGACGUGAGGGGCGGCGUGCAAAUUUUGGCGGCUGAGUGCGAUCGCUGGUUGGAUUCUCCCGAAAAAAUGAUCCGAGCUUCGCGGCAUUACGAGUCGGCGGCUCAGAUCCUGAUCCGUCAUGCAGUGAUGACGGCACGGCAGUUUAUCACUGUCUCGCAAAGGCCGUCGUAUCCUCUAGGCCGUUGGGCCGUGGCACGCGUGCCGGCACGCCUUGACUUGGCGGGCGGGUGGAGUGAUACGCCUCCACUGACAUACGAACAUGGGGGCGUCGUGACCAACGUGGCCAUUUUGAUUGAUGGCCAGCGUCCUAUUGGGGCCAAGUGUCGUCGGAUCUCGGAGCCGAAGCUGGUGCUGGUGCUGGUAGGCGAUCCGGACGAGGUACUGGAGCUCACCGAGUUGGAACAGCUGCGAAAUUACACUCAACCACAAGCUCCCGGUGCCUUACUUAAAGCUGCCUUUUGUUGUGUCGAGGCUGUUGAUCUGGAUGAUCCACGCCCCUUGCGAGAGCAGUUGCUGGCCAAGUUUGGCGGCGGAUUUGAGUUGCACAGCUGGUCCCACCUCCCUCAGGGCUCAGGUUUGGGGACGUCGUCCAUCUUGGCGGGGGCGGUCAUGGCGGCCCUGUCGGCCACGACAGGUCGCGAGUAUGACCGUGUGGCAUUGAACCAUGCCGUGUUGCAUCUCGAACAGAUGCUGACGACCGGUGGGGGCUGGCAAGACCAGGUUGGAGGAAUGGACGGAGGCAUCAAGUUGACGCGCUCACCGCCAGGCCUUCCGUUGAAGAUUGAAGUUGAUCGCCUGUCCAUCGAGCCAACCUUUCUGCAAGCGCUGAGCGAUCAUUUGGUGCUCAUCUACACGGGCAAGACGCGUUUGGCCCGCAAUCUAUUGCAGAACGUGAUUCGCAACUGGUACGCUCGGACGGCCGAAAUCGUAGCCAAUGUAGACGCACUCACAGUCACUGCCGAAGAAUGUGCCGAGGCAUGCUUGCAGCAGGACAUGGUUAAGGUGGGACAGUGUGUUGAUGCGUACUGGGCUCAGAAGAAGGUGAUGGCCCCAGGUUGCGAGCCCGCCUUUGUGGCCAGAAUGAUGGCGGCUUUCAAGCCGCACGUGUACGGGCAGGCCUUGGCCGGUGCGGGUGGCGGUGGAUUCAUGUUUGCUUUAGCCAAAUCUGCGGCAGAUAAAGCGAAGAUGCAGUGGAUCCUCGCCAAUGACUUUGCACAACACGCCGACGUUGUCUUCCACCAAGUGGCCAUUGAUCCUGAGGGCUUGGUGGUCGUGACGGAGGAAGCCGAAAGCACUGAUCUCGAUUGA